AUGCUACAAAACAACCAAACCGACACCGCAGCUCUCUUGCCAAAUAAUACACCCUCAUUCCAUUGGCGCGCUUUACGAUGUGGCCCGCUCAGCCUCUGUUUCGAGUCGCUCGUCAAGCAGGAAGAACGACGAAGAGCGGGGGGCACGGCACAAGCACCUGGAGCUGGGAGUCGGGUAACAGACAUCCCUAUCCCAUACCGCUACUCAAACCUGACGCGUAUCCUGGCUCGGAGUCUGCAAAGCGACGCCAGGAUUGUGUUGCUAGUCACAUUGAAUCCUUCCUACAGUGCGACUCAGCUUUCUCUGCACGCCAUAGAGUUUGCACAGCGGGCAUCUUGCCUGCGCGAGCGCCAACCGCGGAAGGGCGAGGCAAACAGAAAGCAGUUUCUUCUAAAGCAGCAUGAGCUUCUGAGACAGUGA